AGUCUCUAGUCAGUGUCAAGACAUGGACUUAUCACCUGUCAAUCUCCUCAUAUUGUGCCUCUGUGCGCCCGCCGCCCUCCUACCCUUCUAUAAUGAUUGUGCUGAGCGAGGAGGCAACUGUGUGCUGCCUCAGCAAUGUCCUCUCUCUUUACGGUUAACGUCAUCAUUGGUCCAGUGUACAGAGAGCACCAUCUGCUGCCUGGGAGGUGCAGAACGUCAGCAGUACAACCACCGGGACUACAUGGCGCAAUAUAUGCUACCUAUACACAGGGUGCGUCACAACCGCUCCCGUCUGAGCUACAGACCCAAGGUACUCUACCUCCAACCAGAGAAGACCACCACUACUUCACCAACGGAGUGGGAGUACUCUCUUGACCAACAAGUCCCAGAGGAGAUGAAAAUAGUCAACAUCGAACUGUUACAAAAUAGUUUGGACAACUCGCUACAACCGACAGAUACAAAAAGUCAAACUUCAAGUGAGGAGAAAGAUCAAGAUAUUAUUUUCCCUGACGAAGAUAAGGGAGAUAACAUUGAUCGAGUUCAAUACCUUCAAAAGCUUUAUCAAAAAUAUGCAAAGGAAUUUAAGAAAUACAACUCUGCAAAUAAUCUUGACAGUUUGCCUAAAAGGAGGUUGAAAUUCGCCGUUGGAUAUAAAAGUGCUAAAAAUUGCAAGCUGUAUGAAAAAUACACCGAAGAUGAGACGCUGUAUGCCAUUCCUCUACUGCCCUCACUGUUUCCUGUUUUGAUGCAAAAAAACCAUUGCUCAAAGCCUCUGCCUCUAAUUGUUGGCGGAAUCGAUGCUUCCAAGGGGGAGUUCCCCCAUAUGGCAGCUCUGGGAUAUGAUCGAGGUGAAUGGAUUGACUUCCUCUGUGGAGGAUCUUUGAUCAGUGAGAGAUAUGUCUUGACUGCAGCUCACUGUGGAAAUACCAAGUGGGGUCCUCCGAUCAUUGUCCGUCUGGGAACACGUAACCUGAUCACUGAUGUGGGCCAGAACAUGGAUGUAGAGAGGGUGACAGUUCACCCAGACUAUCACGAGCCCAGCUGUUACAAUGACAUUGCGCUGAUCCGCAUAGCUCCAGGUCUACAGAUGAGCCACAACCUACGCCCUGCCUGUCUGCCAGUGCUCGACACUCCUGCUGGUGACCCAGGCAGCUACCUCACUGCCACAGGAUGGGGCAGAACUGGAUAUGGCUUGUUUUCCAGUCCCAACCUACAGAAGGUGUCCCUGGAAGUGAUGGACAACCGCACCUGUGAUGAGAAGUUCCUGGGAGGUCGGAGAUCGGAGAGACUGCCUCGAGGUAUCCAAACCUCCAUGCUGUGUGCUUCAGGCUACCUAGACUCCUCACAUGACACUUGCCAGGGUGAUUCCGGGGGACCUCUUCAAAGGCCAACUCACCACAGCAAGUGUAUGUAUGAGAUCAUCGGAAUCACUUCAUUUGGAAAACUUUGUGGAACCGGACUGCCAGCCAUCUACACUCGAGUCUCUGCAUAUGUGGAAUGGAUAGAAGACAUUGUUUGGCCAUCUUAGAUUAUUGUUUGGUUUGUUCUUUUUUGUUAACGGAAUACUGUUUUUGUAUAUAGCAUCUAAAUUGUGAUAAAUUUUCAAGCAGUUUUGUUGUUUUUAUUGUUAAAUGGGUGAUAUAGACUUAGAUUGUAGUACAACAAAUUGUAAGACUGACUACUAAAUGAUUAAUUAGGUAAUAUUUAUGCUUUUGGAUACUUUAACACUUU